UAUGUCGUUAACUUUUGUCGGCGCAGGUCUUUGAUUUAAGACCCAAUGUGGUUUCAGAGUUUUUAAGAAAAAUUUAUAUUUAUAAUAAAAUCAAAUAAAAAAUGGGUGAUACUAAAUUAUUAGAUACAAAUCAAAUAGUAAAUGGAAUAGCUGUAUUAUUAUCAUUUUUUGUGGGUUAUAAAUAUGCCCUUAAAAGACAUGACAUUAAGGAGAAUGAAGCCGGUAAAAAAUUAGAAGAACAGGGAGCAGCAGGAUCCAGCGAAACAAAGGAUGAACCGCUUUAUACAAGUUUUAGUUUCAACUAUAAAAUGGUACUGGUGGUACGUAAUGAUCUAAAGAUGGGCAAGGGUAAAGUGGCUGCUCAAUGUGGUCACGGUGCUGUAGGCGCCUAUCAAAAGGCUGUACGUAAAAUACCCAGUGUGGUUAGGGCUUGGGAGAAUUCUGGCUGUGCUAAAAUUGCUUUAAGAGUCGAUAGUGAAGCUGAAAUGAUGGCUAUUAAAAGAGCAGCUGAAGCUAAAAAUCUAAAUACCUGUUUGAUUCGUGAUGCCGGCCGCACACAGAUUGAACCUAAUUCGAAGACUGUUUUGGCCAUUGGCCCAGCUGCUGUUGAAGCUAUCGAUCAAGUAACCGGACAUCUUAAACUUUUGUAAAAAAUGUUUGCAUAUUUUACGACAAUUUUCGUAUUCUAAGAAUAGUGUUAGAGAUAUAGAUUUUUUAUUUAAGAAUUUUCUAAAAGUUUUCAAUGCAAUUAAAAAAGAGAAGAUGAUUUAAAAAGAAAA